ACAAACAUGAGCAGCAGUUGUUAUCCAUCACCACUCAUCAAUGGCUGCUCUCAACUUCUCUCGGUCUUCCAAUCUCUCUCCUCUUCCAAACCUCACCACCUCCGCAUCUCUCUGUCGUCAAUAUCAAUUCCGCUCCUUCAUCAGCUGCAGUGCGUCGCAGGGCGCUCAAAAUCGGAGUAAUCUGUCUUCUUUAUGUGACUCAUUCUCUAAAGCGAGUGUUCUUGCACUAGUUUCUGCUUCACUUGUUUUUUCUGUCAACCCUGCUCUUGCAUUUAAGGGGGGAGGCCCUUAUGGUGCUGAAGUGACAAGGGGGCAGGAUCUAUCUGGGAAAGAUUUUAGUGGCAAGACAUUGAUCAAGCAAGAUUUCAAGACGUCAAUACUAAGGCAAGCAAACUUUAAAGGUGCCAAGUUAUUGGGGGCCAGCUUCUUUGAUGCUGAUUUAACAGGAGCUGAUCUUUCUGAUGCUGAUCUUAGAGGAGCAGAUUUCUCCUUGGCGAAUGUAACAAAGGUAAAUUUGAGCAAUGCCAACCUCGAAGGAGCACUUACAACAGGCAAUACAUCUUUCAAGGGUUCAAUAAUAACCGGUGCAGACUUCACGGAUGUGCCAUUGAGAGACGACCAACGGCAGUUACUAUGUAAAGUUGCGGAUGGGACGAACCCGGUAACAGGCAACGAAACCAGAGAGACAUUGCUUUGCAAGUAGCACAUAAUUUUUGGAGGUAAAAUGGGCAACAAAUUUGCUGUAUGAUUAACUUUAAUUAGAAAACCUCAUCUUCUUCUCCAAGCGCAUUUCUUUCUGAUGAAUAGCUUUCCUAGAUAAGCCUUGUGAGUGUGUAUUAUAUUCUUUUCCAUUUCUCAUUUUACUAUGUAUACUGUGGAGAAUUUCAGUUUGAUAUCUAAAGUUUUUAUUAUUGCCUUGC